AUGAAAUUCAGCACAGAUAAUAAUGAAACAGUUCUGACUGAAUUUCUUCUCAUGGGCUUUUCAAGUCUCAAAGAAUUGCAGCUGUUCCUCUUCUUAGUUUUUCUUGUCACCUACAUCUGUACACUGGUGGGUAACAUUUUUAUCCUCACCAUUGCCUCUCUGGAUCCUCAGCUUCACACCCCUAUGUACUUUUUUCUGGGGAACCUGUCUUUUCUAGACAUUUGCUAUACGACCACCAAUGUCCCUCAGAUGCUCGUACACCUCCUGUCAGAGAGGAAAUGCAUCACAUAUGCUGGCUGUGUAAUUCAGCUCUAUUUCUUCAUCUCAUUUGUGGGCCCUGAGUGCAUUCUUCUGGCUGCAAUGGCUUAUGACCGUUUUGUGGCUAUAUGCCAUCCUUUGAAUUACACAGUCAUCAUGAGGAAAUCUUUUUGUCUCCAGUUGGCUAGUGUCAGCUGGGCAAGUGGUUUUCUCAAUUCAGCUCUGCACGCCUACUUUACUUUCCGGUUGCCAUUCUGUGGAGUCAAUCAGCUUAACUACUUCUUUUGUGAUAUCCCUCCCCUCCUAAAGCUUUCAUGUGGAGAUACCUCCCUCAAUGAGAUAAUUCUGCUGGUUGUGGGAGUUUUCAUAGGAUGGGCUCCCUUCAUUUGCAUAGUACUCUCUUAUGCGUACAUCAUCUCCACUAUACUGAAGAUACGCUCCACUGAAGGGAGAAUAAAAGCAUUCACCACCUGCAGCUCACACUUGACUAUUGUCCUCUUGUAUUAUGGGAGUUCCAUCUUCACUUAUGUCUGGCCAAUAUCAACCUACUCACUGGAGAAAGACAGACUAAUUUCUGUUCUCUAUAGCAUUGUUACUCCCAUGUUAAAUCCUUUGAUCUCUACCCUGAGAAACAAAGAUAUUAAGGAUGCUCUGAAAAAAAUAUUCCAGUGGAAAUUGAAUUGA